AUCGGACGAAUAGACAUGGUCGAGAAUCGCCUAGUUGGCAUGAAGUCCAGGGGUGUCUAUGAAACCCCUGGCGGAACAAUCCUUUGGGCAGCUGCUCGCGAGCUUGAAUCCUUGACUCUAGACAGGGAAACCAUUCAGAUGAAGGACUUGCUAGCACUCAAGUACGCUGAACUGGUGUACGCUGGCCGUUGGUUCGACCCUCUCCGCUAUGCCAUGGACGCCUUCAUGGAGAGGAUCACAGAGACCACAACUGGAUCUGUCACGCUCAAGCUGUACAAGGGAUGUGUCACUGUUACAUCGCGGACAAGCCCGCAUAGCUUGUACAGGGAGGACAUCUCUUCUUUUGAGACUGGAGCAAUCUACAACCAGGCAGAUGCUGCUGGGUUCAUUCGUCUCUAUGGACUUCCUACUAGGGUGCGGGCAAUGCUCGAGAAGGGCCUAUGAUGUUUUUAUCUCCUCUGUUGGUAGCAAAUAGCAGUUCAUCAAAUAUUCAAAUGCUCAAACAGUUUGGAUGUGGCAGUGUGUUUGCAAUCUCCUAAGUGAUAGCCUGAAGGCAGAUUAUGAUAAGUUAUGGUUUAAUCGUUUGUUUCAUUCCUGUGCCGACUCUAUCGAAGCAGUUUGUGAACUCUUUGUUUGAUGUUUAAGAAAAAUCUUUGAUGCAGCGAGUAUAGUUGAACUAUUA